GUGCACUAAUCUGUCACUCGUCUCCUGCUUCUUCUAACCUCCUCUCUCCUCUCGCCGCUUCCUUUUUUCCCGAGAAAAAGUGAGAACAUUUCAGAAAUAAGCUUCCUCAAUGGCGUCGUCGUCUCAGAAAGUAACCUCUGUUUGUUUGACCGUCCUCGUCCUCUUAGCCCUCAGUGCAACGAUUCUCCGGAAAAUUGAAAUCCCUAGCUCCAGGAAGCUGAAAACAGAGGAGUUGCAGAGCUCAAAAAACAGCUCAACAAUGGCGGCGAACAGGCUUGAAGGUGUGGAGUUGAAUGAACAGCACGCGGUUGAUGAUCCAGAUAAGGUUGCUGAUGAAGUCUCUACCCUUGUUCAGAUGAGCGAACAUAACAUCACAGCAAGGAGGAAGCUUGGAUUUUUCUCAUGUGGAACCGGUAACCCAAUCGAUGACUGUUGGCGUUGUGACCGUAACUGGCAUAAGAACCGCAAACGCCUCGCCGAUUGUGGGAUCGGUUUUGGACGCAACGCUGUUGGUGGUCGUGAUGGACGCUUCUACGUUGUCACUGACCCCACUGAUGAAGACGUUAUUAACCCCAAACCAGGAACUCUUCGCCAUGCGGUUAUCCAAGAUGAGCCUCUGUGGAUUGUGUUCAAGAGAGAUAUGGUGAUAGAGCUGAAACAAGAGCUGAUUAUGAACAGUUUCAAGACCAUUGAUGGUCGUGGUGCUAAUGUCCAUAUAGCCAACGGUGCUUGCAUCACUAUCCAGUUUAUCACCAACGUCAUCAUCCAUGGUCUUCACAUUCAUGAUUGCAAGCCUACUGGAAACGCCAUGGUUAGAAGCUCGCCAUCUCACUUUGGCUGGAGAACAAUGGCUGAUGGUGAUGCAGUCUCUAUCUUUCAAUCAUCUCAUAUCUGGAUUGAUCAUAACUCUCUCUCUCACUGUGCUGAUGGCCUUGUGGAUGCUGUCAUGGGUUCUACUGCUAUUACCGUUUCCAAUAACCACUUUACACACCACAAUGAGGUCAUGUUACUCGGCCACAGUGAUUCCUACACAAAAGACAAGCUGAUGCAAGUGACCAUUGCUUACAACCAUUUUGGAGAAGGCUUGGUUCAGAGAAUGCCAAGGUGCAGACAUGGGUAUUUCCAUGUGGUCAACAACGACUACACACACUGGGAGAUGUACGCAAUUGGUGGGAGUGCAGAUCCAACCAUCAACAGUCAAGGAAACAGAUAUGCUGCUCCUAAGAACCCUUUCGCCAAAGAGGUGACGAAAAGAGUAGAGACAGAUGCAAGUGAGUGGCAGAAGUGGAAUUGGAGAUCAGAAGGAGAUCUGCUACUGAAUGGAGCAUUCUUCAAGGCAUCAGGAGCAGAAGCAUCAGCUAGCUAUGGACGAGCCUCAAGCUUAGCAGCUAAACCAUCAUCAAUGGUCCACACCAUAACCUCUACUGCAGGAGCACUAGGUUGCCGCAGAGGCAGACCUUGUUAGUUCUCUCUAUACCACCCAUAGUACUAACCAACCCUAAACCCUUUCCCAUAUCUAUGGAAAGUGGAAUAUAUAGUAAGUAGUACUAGUAGUCUUUCUGCUUUCUCGUCUCGUUGUGGUCGUAUCAUUGUUUCGGUAGAUCCCACUCAGUUUUCUUACAGGUGGUAGGAAUUGGUCAACCUCUGCUUGCUUUUUCUUCUUUUUCUUAAAAAAUGGUGUUUGGGGAAACAAAGAGGAGCAAGCUCAGAAGCGUUGUUCAAAAGGUUUUCCUUCUUUUAAGAGUCUCUUAUGGUUUUUAGUUUUUGUUUCCCAUUUGGUUUUGGAGUUGUUAAAGUCCCUAUGGUUUUACUGGAUCUCACUCCCUUGCGUCUGUAGUCUUUUUGGGUUUCUCUUUCAAGUUAGUGGUCAUAGUAAAGAAAAAAUUGUAACAGAAGACGAUUGAAAAGCUUUCUUGAUUUUUUUGCAACUUCAGUUGUCUUUUAUGUUUU